AUGGCGGCCAGUGGAGGGAAGGACGUUUUGGCCGCAUCUCCUCCCAAAAUCAGUAGAGAUAAAAUCCUGUCAGAUUUCCCGUUACACUGGCACAUUUGGCAUAAAGAUUCUGCUUCGCUUGAGGAGGAACUUGCAUUAAAUAAGGUUGGUUUUACGACUUUGAAACCGUAAGAGAAAAUAUGUACGUGAAUUGAAAGUAGCGGUGUGUCGUUUUUUUUAAAUGCAUCAUCUUAGACAGGUUUUGAUUGCUUGCGUUUUAUCUACAGCAUAGUAAAGAGUUGGUAGAUCCUCGGGGUAGAACACCCCUUCAUUUAGCGGUAACUCUGGGGUAUUUGGACUGCGUGAAGAGUCUACUUCGAAGCGGGUGUGAUGCAAACGUCAUCAAUAAAGAUGGGUGGAAUGGUAAGGUUUCUAAGCUCAUGUCUCUUCGACAAGUUACAUGACCAUUUUUCUUUUAAGUCUUCUGCGUGCAGAUUUUGCUUGAGGUAUGACCAACGUUGGUAAUAAUCUGACGUAUUCUGCGUCUUUCGCAAGGGAAGUUAACAGUGAUAAAGAAGUGAAAUUUCGCCAGUUCGGUGCAGUUUGUUUUUUUUAGCCAGCAUGUUCAGUUGCUUUUAUUUUAAAGUUAAAAAAACUCUUAUGUAGCCAUCACAGUUUUUUUUAUUGAUUUAUCAGUUUCAAUGAGUAGCUUUCCACUUAAUGACAUCCUGCAAAUGUCCAGCAGAAGAAAAACCAUGCAAAUUAUGUUUGAUUACAGUUGAAAGGCUGCAGGAAUAUGUUCAUUUGCCUUUACAAUAUUAAACCUGGCUUGCUUAGUUCCUCUAUUUUUAGAGAUAUAUAAACAAGGAUAUUUAAAGUUUCAGUCAGGGUUUGCACAUACCUUGAAAGUCCUUGAAAGUCCGUGAAUUUUAGAAUAAAAAUCCUGAAAAAAAUAUUGAAAAUUGCAUUUGGUGCUGGAAAGUCCUUGAAUUUCAGUGCUAACUUUAUAGUUUAAGGAGAACUGCAAAGGAAAAGGAGCAGACACAGAAAGACCUUCAGGAUAAAAUUGGUCAUGCUGUGAACGAACUAAAACAGACAUAGACUCAAGGCUCUUUUUUGCACUGAAUGGAGUCCUUGAAAAAUGGGAAAUGCUUUGUGCCACGGAUUAUUCUCAGCUGUCUAAACAAAAAUUGCACUAGAUAGAGGAUAUAAGUAGAAUUUAUUUUUUCUACCUCUUAGUAUGUCAUGAGGCGAUCAGUACAGGAAAUCCUGAAAUUUUAUCACUUGUCCUGCAACAUCGUGAUUUUCAAAGAGGAAGUCAAAGGCUUGCUGGGAUUCCAGAUUUACUAGAUGAACUCAAUGCAGUAAGAAAGUUAAAAUUUCCCGUGUUCAUCUUUUUUUGCAUAUCAUAAUAUUCUGAUUACUGACAGCUUACUCAUGGCAGGACAUUUCUAACAACUACAGCAUCUUCAUAUGGUCAUUUAUAUGUUGUAGUUAAUUUUUUAUCUCAGGUAAUUUUUCAUUUUCUGUUGUUUCAGCUUCAUGAACAUACAUUACCAUACCCAAAAACAAAAGAAAAAGAAAAAAUUAUCUAAGAUAAGAAAUUAACUACAACAUACAUGUAUAACCUUUUCAAUUUGCCCAAAUUAUGCUGUGGGCAUUUGUAAUGACAACCACAAGAUGAAAAUUACAUGAAAUACAUUUUUGUGCUUAAUUUAUAUCAGGGUGCAAAGAAAGUCAUUUUUACAGCUUGCCAUUCGGGCAAGCUGAAGGUAGAAUAUACCGGCCCAAACGUCAUUUCAACUAGCGCCAAAAACAUUUUGAUGAGCAGAAUUGAUUUCACAGUUCUUCUGUAAUUUGAAUUCCUCAAAAAACUUCACUUUCCCAUUGGGUAAGUUAAGAACAAAAUUCACUAGCCCGAUAGCAAAAUCCACUAGCCCUGGGCUAUCGGACACUACUUUCUUUGCACGCUGCAUGUUCUUUUGGAAAGUUUUGAAAUUUACUUUAAGAUUGAUAUCAUUUUGCAAGAAGUUCUAGGAAACUUAACUAAUGUCUAGUAAAUGAAAUUUAGUUUGAGAAGCACUUACAUACUGUGCAACCAUUUUCCCUGACCAAAUGUGUCAACACUUUUGAGGAGUUUUUUAUGAUCUUAUGCAUUAAAGAAGGGAUUUGAAGUAAUAUUAUUCCAUUUUGCUUAACCCUUUAUGCCCCAAGAGUGACCAACAUAAAUUUCCUCCUAACAAGGCUAAGGCAUGCAUCAGUUUGUAACUGUAAAAUAUGCUACCACUUAGGGUUUUAAUUAUUAUUUUAUUGUUUAUGUAACUGACCUGUACCUGCAAUUCAGCUCUAAGCUGCAAAAGGUGUCAAUCAACAAGGCAUGCAUUCAUUCAUCAUUCAUUCAAUCAUUCAUUCAUUCAUUUGUUUAUUCCCGAGAAUUCAUUUAUAUCAAUACACAGUAAAGAGAAAAGGCUACAAGAAUCAGUUAAAAUAAGAAAGGGAAAUGUUUUGAUCUUUUAUCAAAUUCUCUUAACAAAUUCUUUGAGGAAAGGUAUGGAGGUCAGUCUGGAGAAUUUGAAAGUGGAUAUUGGGUCUUGAAGGGUUAAUUUGCAGGUUCAGGUGCAGUUGCAACUGAAGCGUUAGGAUUUUUAAUACAGGACAUUUUGUCACACCUGCAUGCCUGCAAAUUAAACCCUCUGUAAUAAUACAUGUACAUACUUACUUUUUACCUUGUAAUCUACAGACACCAGAUUUCUAUGUUGAAAUGAAAUGGGAGUUCACUAGUUGGGGUAAGACAGUGUUAAGAGAUUAUUUAAAUAAUAAGUUUUGAAUGUAAAGUCCUGGGUGAAGUGUGCAUUACAGUAUCUUUGGUUUAAAAAGUUCAUCCAGAGAGAGGUUGUACCUUUGUUAAUACAAUGUAUACAGUUAGUUGUGUUGUUGUUUUUCUUUUUUUGGUCUUAUAGGAGCUACAUCACUAUUUUUUUAUUAUAUAAUCAAACCCCUAAAACACAUUAAUUCAAGCAAACCCCAAAAUGAUGCAUAAGUUUUGUUAAUAAUCAGGGUUUGUACAAUUCAUGGUAAACUUGGAAAGUCAUGGAAUUUAAGAAUUUUAUUUUCAAGGCCUGGAAAGUCAUGGAAUUUAAUUUUUGGUCCUUGAAAGUCAUAGAACAUUUAAGUUUUGUUUGGUAGAUUAGUUCCUGCAGAUGACAAAGCAGGGAUGUAAAGAGGAGUAAUUAGACAGCGCAAAACAACAUGCAUUUCGGUGGAUACCAGAGUUUGUUUCUGUUGCACUGUUUAAGGUCAAAAAAUAUGCUAAAACAAGUAAAGUGACAGCUAAACCUAAGGCAUGGCCAUGUUUCUGGCUUUCAAUGGCCAGAAUGGAAACUGACUGCAAUUAGGUUUUGUGAUACCAGUUUUUCAUCAUCUUUACAGUACCAUUCAUGUCAAGGAUGUGCCCAAGUGAUACAUAUAAAAUAUACAAGUGUGGUAAGCAAUGAAGUUUGGGAAUAAUUAUUUAAUAAUAAUUGAUAUCAUUUUUAUCAUGAAUGUUCCACACCUAGUUUAAGUCUGUUGUUUUUACAGACAUUUGGUGUCCUUAAAACUGAGGUAUUUUUGGUAGCAAGGCUUAUGUAUGUUGAGGGAAAAUCUUCCAGUACUACCUCUCUGUCUGCCCAACUGUCUGUAGGAAGUGUACGUGAAUAUCAAUAAGCCUUGUGAGGAGGAUCUUCUCUUUUUGAAAUCAUUUAUUAAGUUUACUGAUCAUAAUUUUGUAAAAGAUACUGUAUCUUCCAAAAAUUCAAUAGUGAGAUUCAUUUAUCACUUCUUAACACAGAGACUACAAGUAGUAAAUUAAAUUAAUUAACAGUAUAACAUACAGGUGUACAUUUAAUGCUGUUGACUGUUAUGAUAUGUAGGUGCAAAUGUCAGAGCAGACACUACAUUGAUUGGCUUUGACCAGAAUGACUGGCAAAGGGGAAACAGGAGUUAUGUUUUCAAGGGUGGAGGUAAAGCAUACUAUCCAAGCUCUUUGAACAGAAGCUCUUAAGUAGAAAGUUCUAGAACAACCUCUGUGAUUUCCCAUUUACAUGUACAUGAAUCAUUCUAAUACACCCUGUACAAAGGUGACCGACACUGCUUACAAUGUAGUUGGAGACACGUCUUCUGCUUCCUGCUCAAAGAGGCCUGCGUAAGAGAGGUUCAACCUUUCUGUGAUGGAGCAUAAGGUGUUACUUUGACAGUCCAUUCAAGUGUUUUUGCCUAGUAAUAUUUUUACUUUUAAGUAUCAUUUAAAGGCCUACAAAUUGAAAGGGUGAUAGCUGACUGCCUGUAUUGGGCAUCCUGGAAUUAUUACAAAAACAUUAAUGCAGUCAAAUAUUGUUUUUUUUAUUAGUUGAUGGAGGAGAAUUUUUAGAAAUAGACCAUGAUAAAAAGAGAUAUUUCAAGGAGACCCUUCGCAUCAGGUAAAUAUUGAUAUAAUGCCUGAUCAUUUUAUUUUACCUGCAAUCACUAAAUGAAUAUUAAGAUGUUUUUUAGUAAAUUGUUAUGAAUAUUUUGAUUAGUGAAAUUUUGCACAUAACAUAAUUUUGAUUUUAUUAUGUAUAUUUGAACAAACACCACUAAAUCGUAGUCAGCAGUUUCGGGCACUGGGCACAGCAAACGACUUAUUAACAGACUCAAGCAAAACUAACUACGAGAGAAUGACAGGACAACUGACAAUUUGACUAGCAGUGAACAACUGUUUACUGUGAUAAUAGAUGGAAUGAAAUGCACCAAUGACAUUUCGAGGAAGUCAAAGGCUUGCUGGGAUUCCAGAUUUACUAGAUGAACUCAAUGCAGUAAGAAAGUUAAAAUUUCCCGUGUUCAUCUUUUUUUGCAUAUCAUAAUAUUCUGAUUACUGACAGCUUACUCAUGGCAGGACAUUUCUAACAACUACAGCAUCUUCAUAUGGUCAUUUAUAUGUUGUAGUUAAUUUUUUAUCUCAGGUAAUUUUUCAUUUUCUGUUGUUUCAGCUUCAUGAACAUACAUUACCAUACCCAAAAACAAAAGAAAAAGAAAAAAUUAUCUAAGAUAAGAAAUUAACUACAACAUACAUGUAUAACCUUUUCAAUUUGCCCAAAUUAUGCUGUGGGCAUUUGUAAUGACAACCACAAGAUGAAAAUUACAUGAAAUACAUUUUUGUGCUUAAUUUAUAUCAGGGUGCAAAGAAAGUCAUUUUUACAGCUUGCCAUUCGGGCAAGCUGAAGGUAGAAUAUACCGGCCCAAACGUCAUUUCAACUAGCGCCAAAAACAUUUUGAUGAGCAGAAUUGAUUUCACAGUUCUUCUGUAAUUUGAAUUCCUCAAAAAACUUCACUUUCCCAUUGGGUAAGUUAAGAACAAAAUUCACUAGCCCGAUAGCAAAAUCCACUAGCCCUGGGCUAUCGGACACUACUUUCUUUGCACGCUGCAUGUUCUUUUGGAAAGUUUUGAAAUUUACUUUAAGAUUGAUAUCAUUUUGCAAGAAGUUCUAGGAAACUUAACUAAUGUCUAGUAAAUGAAAUUUAGUUUGAGAAGCACUUACAUACUGUGCAACCAUUUUCCCUGACCAAAUGUGUCAACACUUUUGAGGAGUUUUUUAUGAUCUUAUGCAUUAAAGAAGGGAUUUGAAGUAAUAUUAUUCCAUUUUGCUUAACCCUUUAUGCCCCAAGAGUGACCAACAUAAAUUUCCUCCUAACAAGGCUAAGGCAUGCAUCAGUUUGUAACUGUAAAAUAUGCUACCACUUAGGGUUUUAAUUAUUAUUUUAUUGUUUAUGUAACUGACCUGUACCUGCAAUUCAGCUCUAAGCUGCAAAAGGUGUCAAUCAACAAGGCAUGCAUUCAUUCAUCAUUCAUUCAAUCAUUCAUUCAUUCAUUUGUUUAUUCCCGAGAAUUCAUUUAUAUCAAUACACAGUAAAGAGAAAAGGCUACAAGAAUCAGUUAAAAUAAGAAAGGGAAAUGUUUUGAUCUUUUAUCAAAUUCUCUUAACAAAUUCUUUGAGGAAAGGUAUGGAGGUCAGUCUGGAGAAUUUGAAAGUGGAUAUUGGGUCUUGAAGGGUUAAUUUGCAGGUUCAGGUGCAGUUGCAACUGAAGCGUUAGGAUUUUUAAUACAGGACAUUUUGUCACACCUGCAUGCCUGCAAAUUAAACCCUCUGUAAUAAUACAUGUACAUACUUACUUUUUACCUUGUAAUCUACAGACACCAGAUUUCUAUGUUGAAAUGAAAUGGGAGUUCACUAGUUGGGGUAAGACAGUGUUAAGAGAUUAUUUAAAUAAUAAGUUUUGAAUGUAAAGUCCUGGGUGAAGUGUGCAUUACAGUAUCUUUGGUUUAAAAAGUUCAUCCAGAGAGAGGUUGUACCUUUGUUAAUACAAUGUAUACAGUUAGUUGUGUUGUUGUUUUUCUUUUUUUGGUCUUAUAGGAGCUACAUCACUAUUUUUUUAUUAUAUAAUCAAACCCCUAAAACACAUUAAUUCAAGCAAACCCCAAAAUGAUGCAUAAGUUUUGUUAAUAAUCAGGGUUUGUACAAUUCAUGGUAAACUUGGAAAGUCAUGGAAUUUAAGAAUUUUAUUUUCAAGGCCUGGAAAGUCAUGGAAUUUAAUUUUUGGUCCUUGAAAGUCAUAGAACAUUUAAGUUUUGUUUGGUAGAUUAGUUCCUGCAGAUGACAAAGCAGGGAUGUAAAGAGGAGUAAUUAGACAGCGCAAAACAACAUGCAUUUCGGUGGAUACCAGAGUUUGUUUCUGUUGCACUGUUUAAGGUCAAAAAAUAUGCUAAAACAAGUAAAGUGACAGCUAAACCUAAGGCAUGGCCAUGUUUCUGGCUUUCAAUGGCCAGAAUGGAAACUGACUGCAAUUAGGUUUUGUGAUACCAGUUUUUCAUCAUCUUUACAGUACCAUUCAUGUCAAGGAUGUGCCCAAGUGAUACAUAUAAAAUAUACAAGUGUGGUAAGCAAUGAAGUUUGGGAAUAAUUAUUUAAUAAUAAUUGAUAUCAUUUUUAUCAUGAAUGUUCCACACCUAGUUUAAGUCUGUUGUUUUUACAGACAUUUGGUGUCCUUAAAACUGAGGUAUUUUUGGUAGCAAGGCUUAUGUAUGUUGAGGGAAAAUCUUCCAGUACUACCUCUCUGUCUGCCCAACUGUCUGUAGGAAGUGUACGUGAAUAUCAAUAAGCCUUGUGAGGAGGAUCUUCUCUUUUUGAAAUCAUUUAUUAAGUUUACUGAUCAUAAUUUUGUAAAAGAUACUGUAUCUUCCAAAAAUUCAAUAGUGAGAUUCAUUUAUCACUUCUUAACACAGAGACUACAAGUAGUAAAUUAAAUUAAUUAACAGUAUAACAUACAGGUGUACAUUUAAUGCUGUUGACUGUUAUGAUAUGUAGGUGCAAAUGUCAGAGCAGACACUACAUUGAUUGGCUUUGACCAGAAUGACUGGCAAAGGGGAAACAGGAGUUAUGUUUUCAAGGGUGGAGGUAAAGCAUACUAUCCAAGCUCUUUGAACAGAAGCUCUUAAGUAGAAAGUUCUAGAACAACCUCUGUGAUUUCCCAUUUACAUGUACAUGAAUCAUUCUAAUACACCCUGUACAAAGGUGACCGACACUGCUUACAAUGUAGUUGGAGACACGUCUUCUGCUUCCUGCUCAAAGAGGCCUGCGUAAGAGAGGUUCAACCUUUCUGUGAUGGAGCAUAAGGUGUUACUUUGACAGUCCAUUCAAGUGUUUUUGCCUAGUAAUAUUUUUACUUUUAAGUAUCAUUUAAAGGCCUACAAAUUGAAAGGGUGAUAGCUGACUGCCUGUAUUGGGCAUCCUGGAAUUAUUACAAAAACAUUAAUGCAGUCAAAUAUUGUUUUUUUUAUUAGUUGAUGGAGGAGAAUUUUUAGAAAUAGACCAUGAUAAAAAGAGAUAUUUCAAGGAGACCCUUCGCAUCAGGUAAAUAUUGAUAUAAUGCCUGAUCAUUUUAUUUUACCUGCAAUCACUAAAUGAAUAUUAAGAUGUUUUUUAGUAAAUUGUUAUGAAUAUUUUGAUUAGUGAAAUUUUGCACAUAACAUAAUUUUGAUUUUAUUAUGUAUAUUUGAACAAACACCACUAAAUCGUAGUCAGCAGUUUCGGGCACUGGGCAUGGCAAACGACUUAUUAACAGACUCAAGCAAAACUAACUACGAGAGAAUGACAGGACAACUGACAAUUUGACUAGCAGUGAACAACUGUUUACUGUGAUAAUAGAUGGAAUGAAAUGCACCAAUGACAUUUCGGGCCUUCAUAGCCAAUAACAUCCCAGCUUAACUGACAGAUGACCAACAACAUCGCGACUUAAUAACUCUGGUUAUUGACCUGAUUGGUCAAUUAUUAAUUGACUAAUCAGGUCAAUAACCAGAGUUAAAUGCCAUCAACUGAUGUGAUACAACUCACUUUGACACUGAAGAUGACUGUAAAUAACAGUCUUAUUCUAGGGCUACAUUUACCCAGACGAUCAUGAAAUGACUCCUGGGUUCAAACCUUUUACAGUACUUAUCUACUUUGAUCAACCAAAAAAUAAAGUUUAUUUUGUCAAGAAUAUGACCUGUACUUGUAUUCAGCAUAGUGAAGAAUACUGUUGUGAUGACAAGAGUUUACCUUGUUUCAUUAUAAGGGAUGAUUUCCGUGAUUUGGAAGCACUCAAGCCAAGUGAUGAUGCUGUGAAUGUCAGACUCACAACACCAUCUGUAGCAACGAUGCUUAACACAGAUAACAUAGCAUUUACAAGGUAUGAAUCCUUCUUACUUUAUUUUUUUUGUUUUUGAUUUUGAAGCCAUCUGCAAGUUUUCUUGGCAUCCUGUAUGGCUGAUGAUGCUGGUAAACUUGAAGAAAACUUCAUUCUUUUGCGUACUGGUAACAGUUACAUGUAAAAUACUUGGCCCAUUCUGCUGUAUCAUGUGCUAGGGAGUGACUCUCAUUGAUUGGGGACAGACUGUUUAUUAUUUGAAUCAGAAAUUUUAAUGGUCAAUAACUUAAAUUUCCAAUGGUUUCCUGAUUCAAAAGGACAAAUUUCCUGUUGAUUGGAUUCUCAAUGACAUCAGUCAAACCUUCACUUGAAACAAUGUUUCUAAUGCUUAAAAUAACUUCAUGGUCAAACAACGUGAUCUGAGUUUGAAGGAUAAAUUAGGGUACAAAAACAAGAAGUGAUUUAUCAGAAAUUUCAAAACACCACAAUGGAUGAUUUCCUGUGCCUUCACUUUUGAAUAUUAUUAUAAUGACUUUGAGAAUGUUUUACUUCAGGCACAAGACCAUGUGGGGGUGGGGUGGGGACAAGACAGAAGUGGUGAAUGGGUUUGAGUGUAAAGUGUUCACAGCUACUGGAGUGGAAGUACUCACUAAAACAAGAGUAGAACAUUUGAAUGCCGAGGAUAAACAAACUGCCCAAAGUAAGUUGUAACAUCUUGACAUUUUAAGUCAUAAACUACGGGGCCCCGGACCAGACGGUGUAGUGCAGUAUUAUGACCUUACUGCCUGGAAGGAACUCUCUUAUCACUCUUUCUCUUGGUCUUCAGCCAGUCUUGAUAGACUGUGCAAUAAAUGGAAUUUACUGCAAUUAACGAUAAGGAAUGUCAUCUUUUGUUGUAAGUCACCAGCCUUUUUGGUGGCACAGAUGCAGUCAGCCUUGCUUUCAUCGUCUCUAUGUGUUGUGUCUGGUACAGGGUUUCUUAGCAGCCACUGGCUUCAAUAGGCAUUUAGAUCUUACAUUAAUGGCUGNUACUUCAGGCACAAGACCAUGUGGGGGUGGGGUGGGGACAAGACAGAAGUGGUGAAUGGGUUUGAGUGUAAAGUGUUCACAGCUACUGGAGUGGAAGUACUCACUAAAACAAGAGUAGAACAUUUGAAUGCCGAGGAUAAACAAACUGCCCAAAGUAAGUUGUAACAUCUUGACAUUUUAAGUCAUAAACUACGGGGCCCCGGACCAGACGGUGUAGUGCAGUAUUAUGACCUUACUGCCUGGAAGGAACUCUCUUAUCACUCUUUCUCUUGGUCUUCAGCCAGUCUUGAUAGACUGUGCAAUAAAUGGAAUUUACUGCAAUUAACGAUAAGGAAUGUCAUCUUUUGUUGUAAGUCACCAGCCUUUUUGGUGGCACAGAUGCAGUCAGCCUUGCUUUCAUCGUCUCUAUGUGUUGUGUCUGGUACAGGGUUUCUUAGCAGCCACUGGCUUCAAUAGGCAUUUAGAUCUUACAUUAAUGGCUGUACCCCCACCCUUGCCCUCUUUAUUUUCCUUUUCAUGAUUUCUCUGUCUGGACUGGCAGCCAUGAUCAGGAAUUUGAAGUGAAAUUGUUAUUUGGCUGAUCAAUCUGCUCUUCUUGUUUGUUGAGUAGACUAUGUGAGUUAUUUGCUGCUAUCCAAUGUUUAUGAAAUCAUCCUUGUGUAUCUACAUUUAUGUGUAAUUAAAUAUCUCUUCACACUCUAUUUGUUAUAAUCUGCCGUCUUGUAAUUAACAAUUACCUUUUAUUUUGUAACUUGGAAAAUGUAAAUGUACCAGCUGGUAUAAGGCCUCGACAAAUAAAUAUUUGUCUUGUCUUGUCUUGUUGUUGAAAAGCACAUUAAUUUAUUUUGCUUGAAUUAGCAUGAUUAUCAACUCUGUCGCUUAGUGGAGGUGGUUGCCCAGGAUGUUCAGGGGUUUCCACCUUUGGCAAAGCUAGGGCCUAGACAUGGCCUUCCAGCCAUGAGCCAAUGGAACCAUUGACUUGUCAAACUGAUUUAUUAGUGGAAAAAUGAAAGGGGUAGGGCGAGUUGGGGUAAAUGCACAAUCCAAAGGCUAAACGAAGCCAGUGGUUGUAAGGGUGUACUAAGCACAUGGAACUGAUGGAUUUUAUUCACCCAUAGAUCAUUACAAAAUUGAAUUAGUUAGUUGUUGCUGCAUUCCUGCAUACAUAAUGACCAAUGGAACUUCAACAAUAACGGAAAGAGUGGAAUCUCUAUUAAACCCUCUCCUGUCUAAUCCACUGAUUUGUUACAAUCAUUCAAUUUUCCUUCCAUAGACACAAAUGACACUUUUGCUGCAAAUGGUCUUCAGACCCUACUUGGAAUUGAGGAGGAGAAUUUUUCAGCUAAUGUAGAGGUGCCAUACUGAGAUCAUAAUUAUAUAUUAUAACAGAUAUAAUCAUUAUUUUGAGAUAUACAGCAUACUGGGCUGGGUUGUUCAAAGCUGGGUUAUGAUAACCCAGGGUCAAUGCGAAAUUUGAAUUCAGAUGGGAAAUUAAAGCUUAAAAGGAUAUUAAGUUUUAAGGCCUGGGAACAACAACACGCUAUACGCUACUAUGCCACUACGCUACUACGGUAUCAUUACAACCUGCCUUUUAUUUUUAUACUACGUAACCACGAGCAGUAGAACCGUAGUUUCAAAAAUCUACCUCAUAAAACAUGCCUCUCAUGUAAUUUGAUGAUUGGCUGAUGCAAAAAAAAGGAGAAAAUUACAGUGUAUCUGAGAAAAUGACUUUGGACAAAAGGAAGAAACUCGGAUUAAAAUCUAACCCCGGGUUAACGCUAAUUGGCAUUUGAACAACUGGGCCCUGUGCUUAAUAUUAACAGUUGUGCUUUUUUAAGGAAUGAUGUGAUUCACAUUGUCCCACUAUGGUUUGUGUAUUUUUAUUUCUUUUUGUUUUAUCAUCAGGAGGAACAGACCGGAGCUAUUGUAGAUCCUUCAUCUUCUAACCCUUAUCAUAUGAGUAUUGAGGAAUACUUUAACCCCUCUACAGAACAAAAUACAAGAGGUAUGUGUGCAUACAGUGUGGGUGGUAUUAGCCAGUGUACAGCUGUUAUUGGGACCAAUGGUAUAAAAAUAAACAAAAGCAGCAAAAUAUAGGGCUUGAAAUUGCGACUGAUACGGUUGCCAGUGCAACUAACAUUUUGUCCUUGGCGACUUAAAAUUCUGGUUUAGUUGCCACUUUGGCCACUUUGGGGACCAGAUUUCUCUAUGAUUUAGAUUUUAAUUAAAAGGGUAAAGUUAAAACAAACAUUUCAUCUUAUCUUGCUUUGCUUUUGUCAUAAAAAAUGUGCCAAAUCGCAUAAACAGAGCCAGUUUACCUCCAAAUUUAUUCAGACUUCUGUAUAAAUCAGAUUUGAUCAAUUAUUGAUCAGAUCUGAUGGUUCAUGCCAUACAAUGAAUGAGCUGCAUCAUUUACAUCAUACAAACUGGGGGUUAAAAAUUUACAUCUGGCAACCUGAGGAUUUUUUUAAUUUCGAGCCCUGAAAUGUAACUAAGGAAUCAGGUCAUCUCUCCUGAUUCUUGCUAGAGUGCAUUCUGUAACAUGUAACUAGUAUUAUUUUAUUAGCAGACCUACAUGUAUGUGGCCAGAAUAUGCUGCACUUCUGCAAAUCCUCAGAUUGUUUUAAAUACCCAUGAAAAUCCCUACUUAGAUCAAACCACACACACCAAAAAAAUAUAAUAAUACAAAUUUUUAUCACCCCCAUGACUUGGAAUCUGGAGUACUCCCCCCUCCCGGGCUCAUUAUGGUUAUUUCCAUUUCUAAAUAUUUUGAUGUUUGCUCCUGUUGCUGUUAUUUUUUAUUUAUUAUUAUUAGUUUUAAUAUCUAAUUCUUGAAGAAGAAUUAAUUAUUAGAACCUUUGAAAAUAUUGUUACAAAUACUGCACAGUGUAACUAACAGAUAUUUUUAUUGAUGAACUUGUUUCUACUGACAAAACAGAUAUUGGCAAGUUGAAGGAAUUGUCAGUAAAGAAGCAAAAGUUUAAAGCCACCAUUUCAAUGGCUGAUAAACACCCUUUGUCUCUUCGAGAUCAAGUACUUCCUAUUGUUAAAUUAUUGGUGAGUAAUGGACAUGAGACAGAGUAGAUCUAGUGCCAUGACCUUCGACUGUAGUACCUUUUGUGUGUGUGUGUGUGAACUUAGUUUACUCCCACCAGUGCAUCAGUCAGCAUAUUGUUAGAUCCUCUUCUUGUUUUGACCCCAGUUAACAUAAUAAUUAUUAUUAUUUAAUAUGAAUUGUCAACAAUAAUGCAUUGUUUUACAGGCUAUCAGCAACACUCAUUUUGCAAAGCUGAGGGAUUUUAUUGCUCUUCAUUUACCAGCUGGAUUCCCAGUUAAAAUAGGUAAGUGUAGUAUAGUGUAGUAUAGUAUAGUAUAGUAUAGUGCUAUCCAAUGUUUGAACAACUGGGCCAGCAUUCAACCAAGUCAACUCUGCCACAUUCAAUUCUAUAGGUCUCUAACAAAUACCUUGCUCUCUAUUUAGAUUCCUCUUGAGGAUAAAGAUUCUCUUUCUUUGACCUUUUAUUCUAUAGCUACUGUAAAGACAAAUUUGUGUGUACUUACAUAUUGCAACAGUCAACUAUUUAAUUUCCUACUUAUUUAUUUAGAAAUUCCACUGUUUCAUGUCCUCAAUGCCAAGGUAACAUUUGGUAAUAUUGGUGGAGGAGAAUCCCCAGUGUCUGGGGUGCAUGCAAUAAAAGUUGAUAUCAAGGAGAUUGAUGAGAACAAUGGGACCUUUGCUGCAGAACAGGAUGAAGCAGAAGCAGCUGCUGUUUCAGGAAUGGCUUCAAGAUGUGUCAUAGAGACAACUUGUUUUGAUGCCCCGGUAGGGUACAGAGAGGUUAAUCUGGAUCAGCAUCCUACAGGUAAGUAUAAGUUCUAAUAUUAUUAAAGUUAUAAACAACUGCAUGGCUAGAUGGAGGUUGGGUGCAUGUCCAGGGUAUCUGGGGCUUUGACUUGUGGCAGCCCCAUAGAUUGAAUAUUGCCCCCAUGGCUGGCACAACAGUGCUACCCAGCCAUAAGUCCCCAUUAAAAGGAAACAAAAUAGGUAGCUGUCACAGUGAAAAAAAUAAGUGGAGAAAAUGUAACAGUAUAGGGAGGGAAGUUGGGGGGAGGGGGGAACUAGCUAAACGAAACCUUGUGGCAAGAAAACACUGCAUGAAGGAAACUCUGACCAUAUGCCACCGAAUCAUGUGAAAGACGACAGUUGUAGUGAACUACCCUAAACCACUACCACUGAAGGCACUCUUGCAGUGUGGUUGUUAACUCCUUUAAUCUGAAUACACAACCUCAGUUGAUGUUUUAACUUCACCUGGAAGACACUCAUUCUCACAGUAAUGGCCUUAAAUUAUUAAUUAAUAUUAAUAUGCUGUUUCUUACUGAUGAUCAUCUGAUCUUGGCAGCUCCUCUCAGGGAUGAGGAAGAUGAGAUGCUUCAGCUAGCAAUACAGCAGAGUUUAUUGGAAUACCAGCAGAACCCUGAACAGAGACUGACGUUACAGGCCUUAACGGACAGUCAACAGGAAACAGAGGAUGACCUUCAACGGUAAAUGUUAGGCCUACACUGUCAUAAAGUGUUAUGUAAUAAUCAAAUAACACUUUUAAUUAUUAAAACUGUCACCUCCUAGCAUAAGCGUUCUAGCCUGAACUUAUUUAUUUAUUUAUUUAAUCACUUUCACCAUGGAUAUGACUAAGAUAAAAUACAGAUUUGAACAAAUUACAAGAAUGCCAGAGACAAUGGUGCAGGACACACAAAGCAUGGCUCCAAAUUAAGUGUGCCAUUAAGAAUAAUGCACAUUCAAAUACUAAAAUGUAAACAUUUAAAACGUUGUAAGAAGUAUAAACAUCCUAUUUCCAAGUACUAUAAGAACAGUUCACUCCCGCAGCCAUUAAAAAGUGUCAGCAGCAGUUGCCAGCUAAUAGAAGAUUAAGAGACAUGCUGCAUUUGCAGCAGAUUGACUUCCAGGUGUUAAAGUUAGUGACGUCGUAGUGUGUACAAAAAGCAGCAGAAUAGCAUUGGAGUAGUGAGAAUUAAACUGGUUAAGAGAGGUAAGAGUACGAAUGGAUUCAGGUAGAGUUUUCCAGAUUUUAGUAAUACAGCUAAAGUAACUAAAUUGAAAGAGCUUUGUGUGGCACUUAGGAAUUAGUAAGUCUCGAUGAGAGCUGUGGCGAGUGGGAAGAGUGCCUUUAUAUGUAGGCUUGACAUAAUCAUCUAUGGGUAAGGAGUAGUAGCCACUGCAACACUUGAGAUAAAAAAUUAGGUCUUCCACUUCAUCCUAGUUGUUAAAGGCAGCAUAUUGAGGUAAGAAAGGUGCUCGUGUCAGAUACGAAAUAUACUCCUGCCAGUGCAUGUUAAAGAUGCAUUUUGUUGCCCUGCAUCGAAGACUCUCUAUUUUUGUUAUACUACCUAUCGUUCUGCGAGCCAAUACGUCACUAACAUAGCCAUUACAUGAUCCUACAAAUAGGAUCAUGCUAAUUCCCAAUGGUCUGUAGUGAGUGAUGUAACACUAUUGAGCUGCAAAAAUGGAAACAUGCUAUUUGCUUUUGCUCUAAGACAGUGUUAAUGUGAGUGUCCCAUGUGAGGUCUGGUGAGAAAGUCACUCCAAGGUCUUUUACACUGUACUUCAGUGACAUAUUUAAGUGAGUUGUUCAAUUUGUAAUUGUAGCGAAAUGGGUGGCACUUACAUGAGACGAUUAGUACCUCACAUUUAUAGGUGUAAAACUUUAGGUGCCAAACAUUGCUCCAGCAAUGCAGACUGUCAAGGUCCUCUUCGGAGUGACUCACAGUCCUGUAGACUUUCAAUGAUGCUCAUCCGCCAAGAUCACAUACGAUUCUGAAUCACCAGCGGGAGAUCAUUCACAUAAGCUAAAAACAGCAGAGGACCGAGGAUGCUGCGCUGAGGAACUCCUGAUGGAACUGGAGAAUGGCUUGACGUGAAACCGAGGACCAAGCACUGCUGAACGCAUCCACCUAGCUAAGUCUCGAAUCACUGCAGAAGUUUGCCACUGACUCCAUACCGGGAGAGUUUAAGAAGCAGCCUUUGGUCAGAGACACUGUCAAAGAUCCAAUACACAAUGUCCAACUGCAAGACUGGCUAAUUUCGUGAUAAAAUACCAACAGCUGUGUGACCAUUGAGUGACCCUGAAGAAACCCAUGUUGUGCAUUAUGAAACAAAGGACAAAGGAAUUCCUUGAAGUGCUUGAAUAUGCAUCGUUCUAAUACUUUGGAUAUAAUGCACAAAAAGAGAGAUGGGUUGCACAGCUGUGCAGAGAGAUGGCUACACAUUACAUUGUUUUGUGUAAAAUGAUAGCGCCAAGCAGAGUGAAUUAAAUAUAUGGGUUAUUAUUCAGUGUGGUUGUUAUUAUUUCUGUCAUUGUCACUUGAAUAUUUCUGAACUCUCAGUUAUGACAGUAGUAAUGCAUAGCCAAAAGUCUGUUAUAUCAGUGGUUAUGCAUGAAACCUAGAAAAUGAUAAUACAUGUAUUUUAAAUGCUAUUCUCAGUAGUUUUUAUUUUGUUUGACGUGUAUCCUGAUAUGAUGCACAUGAUGCUCACAGUUUAUGUAUAGAAGAUUUGUAAGGUCAAAAAUGGUAAAUAAUCAGACAUUUCCUAGAUGGGUCCCGGCUGCUUCCUAUGAAAUGUGACAUUAAGGGAAACUGUUCUCUACAGUACUACAUGCAGACACCAGUACACUGAUAAUGAUGCAAUCAAAUAAAACGAAAAAGCCAUCAUCAUACACCAUACAUCAUCGCACUCGUGUAAAAAAAAUGCUAAGUUAUUAAUAUUUUUUAUUUGAAAUUUUUAAAUCUAGCUAAAAAAAAAUUUAAAAAAUGUUGUAUUUCUGAGGCCUGAGCCCAGUGAUCAGUUGUCAUUUCACUUCUUUUGUUGACAGGGCCAUAAGAGAGAGCAUGAGAGAAAGUGGUAUUGAAGGAAAUGAUCAACCAGCACAAAAUCUAUCUGAAAACAGACAAGAUGGUGAUGGAGCUGUCAGUUAUGAUGAAGACUUACAGUUGGCCAUGGCAUUGUCAGAACAACAGCUGCAAGAAGAUGAGCGACUAAGAAAACAAGAGGAAGAGGAACUUGAGAAAAUCAUCCAGCUGUCUCUUCUAGAUAAGUAAACUAAGCAUCCACACUGGAGAUUCUCUUUACUGUAUUGAUAGGUAUUUUUAAAACUCUUUUUGAGAGAAUUUUGAUUUAAAUCCUGCUUUUAUAUCUUUUACUUCUUAUU